AUGUCGAGUCCUUCCUCAAGAAGCCGAUCGCCCGGUGCAUCUCGUUCGCCACAUGAACGCAUUCGAUUUGAAUCCUCUUCUGCUAGUCAGCAAUUACGGGGAUCUGCAUCUCAACGACCUUCAUGUGCAUCUACUGUUGAUGAUUUGCAAAACAAUGACUCUUCAGCUUCACAAGAACCAGAUCCUACCUUAGGACCAUUGAGCCCACAAACCGAAGAUCGAGUUUUCCCAGUCAGAUCUGUGGUCUCGGUGGACCCCAACUCAACUCCUACCGCCAAAUAUGAUCCAACGGCAAGAGAAGAGUACCCAGGAAUGAGUGCACCUUCAAGUGCAGGGCCCGACCAACAUUUUAUGCCAAGAGCUUUUUCCAAAAGCCGCACUGCAUCUAUGAGCUCAACGCCAGAUGCGGUGUCAAUUAGAUCAUCCUCGUUACCGAGGCGCGACGUUAAAUCACGGCCCGACCUUAGCAAUACGACUCAGAGCAGGCGAUCCUCGAAUAGGGAAGCCUCAGAGUCUCUGCCGGAUGGGCUCAGACACAUGCUUACACCUACUGCCGAGGAAGCAAAUGAUCCUUACAACAAUCUGGCAGCUAGUAGAGACAAAGAGAGUACAGCUGGCUCUCUUAAAAGUACUGGUGAUGAAGUUGGCGGGCUUAUAACUGCACGGUUUCAGCAUGUUGUGACAGAAGAAGGGCAUGCUGUAAUCACUGGCCGAGGUGGUGAAACGAUGCAGAGAUGCGAAGAUGAACCAAUCCAUAUACCAGGAGCAAUACAGGGAUUUGGACUGUUGAUUGCCCUACAAGAAGAAGAUGAUGGCAAGCUAAUAGUGAGAAUUGUCAGUGAGAACUCUAAACGUAUCAUUGGCUUCACUCCAAAGCAACUGUUCGAAUUGGAAAAUUUCUGCGACAUCCUGUCGGAGGAGCAAGCCGAUAAUCUACUAGAUCACAUUGAUUUUAUAAGAGAGGAAGAUAUGGAUCCUGCGACAAAUGGCCCGGAAGUAUUUACCCUUGCUAUACGUGCUCCAUCGAGAAAGAACCACAAGCUUUGGUGUGCUAUACACUUAAAUGGGGUGAAUAAGGAUCUGAUUAUAUGCGAGUUUGAGCUAGAAGACGAUCCAUUAUAUCCCCUUACGCCAGUAGGUCAAGAGACACCAACCCCGCCAGAGGAUACUCUCAGCAGCAAUCCAUCGCCUGCUGAAUUAGCCGAAAGUACAAUAAACGCGAGCAGACCAUUAAGAGUCCUACGCAGUGCCCGUAAACUUCAAGAACAGCUCUCCACUGCGCCAUCACUCGAGGUUUUCUUGAAAGUUUUGGUGGGUGUCAUAAAAGAAUUGACGGGAUUUCAUCGGGUCAUGGUCUACCAGUUUGAUUCUUCUUGGAAUGGCAGAGUUGUCACUGAACUCGUUGAUCAAAGAGCAACCAAAGAUCUUUACAAAGGUCUCAACUUUCCGGCAUCCGACAUUCCAAAGCAAGCUCGAGAUUUAUAUAAAAUCAACAAAGUCCGCUUGCUCUAUGACAGAGAUCAACAGACCGCUCGCCUAGUGUGUCGAACGAUCGAGGACCUUGAGACCCCUCUGGAUCUCACGUAUUCUUAUCUUAGGGCUAUGUCACCCAUUCAUAUCAAGUACUUAGCCAACAUGGCGGUACGUAGUUCGAUGUCUGUUUCGAUCAACGCCUUCGGCGAACUCUGGGGCUUGAUUUCAUGCCACUCUUAUGGCUCGAAGGGAACUCGUGUAAGUUUUCCCAUACGCAAGAUGUGCCGACUAGUCGGUGAUUCUGCAUCUCAAAACAUCGAACGCCUUUCGUACGCCUCUAGAUUACAAGCUCGCAAGCUCAUCAACACUAUGCCAACUCAGAGCAACCCUUCUGGUUACAUUAUUGCUUCUUCUGAUGACCUCCUCAACCUCUUCGAUGCUGAUUGCGGCCUGUUGUCCAUCCGUGAUGAAACCAAGAUACUUGGAAAGCUUGAACAUACACAGGAAGCUUUGGCAAUGCUUGAGUAUCUACGGCUGAGAAAGGUUAAUUCCGUUACCAGCUCAACCGACAUUAGGUUCGACUUUCCCGACCUUAGAUACCCGCCAGGCUUCUCCUUCAUUGCAGGCAUACUGCUUGUGCCCCUUUCCGCUGGUGGCAAUGACUUUAUAGUCUUUUUUCGGAAGGGUCAACUUCGAGAGGUGAAGUGGGCAGGCAACCCGUACGAAAAAUUUGUGAAAGAAGGCACAGAAGGCUAUCUUGAACCUCGUAAAAGCUUCAGGACAUGGUCUGAAACAGUCGUUGGUAAAUGCAAAGAUUGGAGAGAGGAAGAAAUUGAGACUGCGGCCGUCCUAUGUCUAGUGUAUGGAAAAUUUAUCGAGGUCUGGAGGCAAAAGGAGGCCGCUUUACAGAACAGUAACCUUACACGCCUUCUACUGGCUAAUUCCGCACACGAAGUCCGGACGCCUUUAAAUGCAAUCAUAAAUUACCUGGAGAUUGCAAUGGAGGGUGCCCUUGAUCAGGACACUCGCGAAAAUCUAUCUCGGUCGUAUUCCGCUUCCAAAUCUCUAAUAUAUGUCAUCAAUGACCUUCUAGACCUCACGCAGACGGAAGAGGGAAACGAGCUUAUCAAGGACGAGAUAUUUGAUUUCCCUGCUACGGUAAGAGAAGCGGCUGAGUCCUUCACUGGUGACGCCAAGCGCAAAGGAAUAGAUUAUGAGGUCUUUGAGAAUGCUCAUGUGCCGCGACAUGUCGUGGGAGACCAAAGGCGAGUCAGGCAAGCAUUAUCGAAUGUCAUUGCUAAUGCGGUACAAUAUACAACGAAAGGAUCCAUUAGGGUCGAAAUGUGGCUCGUUAACAAGGCGGAUAACCGCGUGGAGGUGGAUGUCGUAGUUCAGGAUACCGGGUGCGGUAUGUCGACCUCAAGACUCGACUCCCUAUUUCGAGAACUUGAGCAAGUUCAAACGGAAGACGAUGAGGGAUUGCAAGAGAAAUUAGCCCCAAGUACUAAGACGCUCGAGAAUAAGGAGGCUCCUAAGCGGACUCUGGGGCUAGGAUUGGCCGUAGUGGCCAGGAUUGUACGAAAUAUGAACGGGCAAUUGAGGCUCAAGUCAGAAGAGGGUGUCGGGUCGCGCUUUACCAUCCAACUCGGCUUCGACUUACCAGUUGAGGAGGAGAAGAGUAGGGCCUUAAAAGAUACUCAAGAUCAAGGAAUAGGGCCGCCUGCCGAUCAGCCAACGACACCACCAGUUGAAAUUGGUGAGGUCAUGCUUGUGAACAAAAGCGCCCAAAAGUCAACUCACGAGAGACCUACUGAGAUGGUCCACCGAAAUAGCGUAGACAGCGUACGAAGCACCCACAGCACAACAAGUGUAUCGAGCGUAAAGAGUGACGUCGAUCGACUUAUCGAAGCCAUUCAAGAACCCGCCAUGGCACCAAGCUCAGGCAAUGAACUUGACAAUGCUCAUCCCACAAUGAGUCAAAAUUCGGGGUCUCCUUCACGCCACCGGCGACCAGGUGCGAGUCUCACAAUCAAACAAGCGCAAGCGCCGCCGGAAGCUCCAGGUACGCUCCCUGUUGCAGACUCCAAAACACCCAUCAAGCCCAUUCGAAUGCCUGGGGAAAGCAGCACUGGAGCACCAACUUCAGAGCACCCGCCACAAAGUCGCAACAAGCGUGCCGCUUCCCGUUUACUGUUUGAUUUGCCAGACCAGCAAGAACAAGGGGCAAAAAUAUUAGAUGCCUCGAAAUUGCAGAUACUUGUUGCCGAAGAUGAUCCCAUCAACAGCAAGAUCAUCAAGAAAAGGCUAGAAAAGUUGGGUCAUACCGUGCAUCUUACCAUCAAUGGAGAAGAAUGUUCUAGCUCUUUUGGCGAACAGCGAGCAUUCUUCGAUAUUGUUCUGAUGGACAUGCAGAUGCCAAUUGUAGACGGUAUGACAUCUACAAAGAUGAUUCGCUCAUUCGAGAAAACACAACCUUACAGCCUCCUCUCUGCACGUGCUGCUAUGAAUGGCCGAACCCCAAUAUUCACCGUCUCGGCUUCGUUGGUAGAGAAGGAACGACAGACGUACAUGGAUGCCGGUUUCGAUGGGUGGAUAUUGAAGCCGAUCGAUUUCAAGCGCCUCAGCGACUUGCUCGACGGCAUUGUAGACAGCCAAAAGCGACACAGUUGCCUAUACCAAGCCGGCCAGUGGGAGAAAGGUGGCUGGUUCUGCGGCAAGCAACGAGAUGUGUUCGCUGCCAAUACAGCGCCAUCACCAAAUGCGCCGGUUGUGAGCUCGAAGACAGCGGGGUCUGCCCCUGUCCAGCCUGAAGAGAGUGCAUCAGAUCUCGAGCGAGAGAGGCUGGGCGGCCUGCAGGACGAAGCGGUAGGUGCCAAAUCUCAACCGAGUAAUGCUGGGACGUCUGGAGAGGUCCAGCAAUGUUUAGAAGCCAUUGCGAACGAUACCCACAUGAGCCGUAUACUUUAUCGACGAUAUGAUGAGAAGCGGAUUAGCGUCAUGAACUUACACCCUCGGACUGGGUCCGAUCUUCUACCUCUCACAUUCUCACCUUUCUGCUUCUUCAUUUUCCCUCUUUUUGAGACCCACUUUUGUAAGAAGGAAUGUCGCACUAGCAUGGCGUUUAGCGACGGACGGCGUUCUCCCGACAUGGCACAGAGGAUUGGGACAGUGCGAAGGGAGAACAGUCUCUCGCAUCCCGAUGAGGUUGCAACGGAAUAUGGCUCGGGUGUUGGAGAAGGGUCCCUCAUGUACAUAAGUAAGCGGUAG